AUGACUAACCCCAACAUAACCGUUAUUUAUUGGUGCGUCGUGGACAUGAUGCUCAUAACAUAUUUCAUUGUUGGCGCAUUGUCGCUUAGCUGUGAAGGGACCGUACUAGCUAAAGAAUGCGGAGUUAACGAAGAGUACGCCGACUGUAAAAUAACAUGUCCACCGCAAUUCUGCAACAACUCUUAUACGGACUACGGUAUCUGCCCAGAGAACCCUAAAUGUGAACCCGGGUGCAAUUGCAAAAAGGACUAUCUACGCGAUUCCUAUGGAACUUGUGUUUUCAACGAGGAUUGUCCACCACCAAGUAUACAAAACUUAAAAAAGAUUAUACCCUGGGAUGAAUGCUAC